GCGCAGUGCCCGCAUUCCAUCAUGGCGGAGCGGCGGAGCGGCGGGCGGCAGCGCCGGGGCUGAGGCGGGGGCUGCGGUGCCGCGCUCGAAAGAAGACUGAGGGACAGCACACUGCUCAUACUGCAGCAGGCACUGGCUGUGUAACAUUUAUCAAGAGGAGCAAAUUCAAGUCAAGAGAGUGUCAAGGGUGGUUGAUGUGAGCAGCUGUCAAUGAAUGGUUUCCAGACAUGAUGGCUGACCAGCCACCUCCCUUAGAAGCCACCCCGAUCUUGAAUGAAGUGCCACUUCUACCUCACAUGGUUAAUGGGGACAGCAUACAACAGGUUAUUCUUGUGCAGGUAAACCCAGGUGAAACCUUUACAAUUACAACUGAAGAUGGACACAUGCAGUGUAUUCAAGGUCCAGCACAUGUUCCUAUGAUGUCACCAAAUGGUUCUAUGCCACCCAUAUUUGUGCCUCCUGGUUAUGUAUCUCAGGUGGUGGAAGAGAACGGAGUUCGUAAAGUGGUGGUGCUGCCCCACUCAGCUGAAUUCCACCCUUCCAUGCAUCCUCCUCCUCCUCCUCCCCACGUGCCACAUUACAUGCACCAUCACCACGCCUUGCUUCCCCACCCACCUCACCCAGUGUACCCCCCAGUUCCUGGGACAGGAGAGCUGCCACCACAGUUCAUCCACCAGCACCCACCACCCCACGUUUUCCAAGAACAAGAACCUCGUUCUCAUGGCAGGACAAACUUCAUCCAGCGAGAUGAAAGGAGUCUCAAAAUGCAAGAACACCUGAAGAAAAGACUAAAAGACAGACAAGCUGGUGGUCAUACUAACAAUAAACUUAACAGUCCUCCAUCUUCUCCCCAUAAAGUUGUUAAUUCUUCCAGUGCAACGAUUCAGAAUGGAAAUGGAAAGGGACAGCAAGGGGCAGGAGGACCACUAAAGCAGAAGCAGAUAGGAAAAACAAAGGGCAGCCCAGACACAGAGAUGGGAGAAUCUGACACAGAAUCCAAGAAAUGUGAUAUUCACUUGAGCAUUGGCAAGCCAGUCGUUUCUGAUAUACAAGCAAGAUCAGCCGUUCUGUCCUGGAAUCUCCCAGUUAGUUCACAGAAUGGAGAGAGCCAUAGUCAUAGUCCAGCAGCAUUUACAUUUGAAGUAGCAAUAUCCAACAGUGGUAAAAAUGGAAAAUUUAAAUCUGUCUAUGUUGGGGAGGAAUUAACAAUAACACUUCCUGAUCUCAGACCAGCAACUGAUUAUCAUGCCAGAGUUUCAGCAACCAGCAGUUCCAUCAAAGAAUCCAUUUCAGAAUUGGUGAGUUUCACCACAGAAAGUUGUGAGCCAGACUGUCCUGCAGCACCAAAGCUCAUUAACAGAACCAAGAACAGCCUGAGCCUGCAGUGGAAGUCCUCAAAUGACAAUGGUUCCAAAAUAACUAAUUUUCUUUUAGAAUGGGAUGAGGGGAAGAAUGGACCCUUCAAAGAAUGCUACUACGGGCACCUCAAGCAGUACAAACUUACCAAACUCUCUCCUUCUACAAAGUACUCGCUCAGAUUGGCUGCUAAAAAUGACAUUGGAAUGAGUGGCUUCAGCGAGACGGUGACGUAUCACACAGCAGGAAUUGUCCCCCCAGCCCCUUCCCCACCAGUGCUGGUGGAAGCAGGAGUGACCUGGCUGGCUGUGAAGUGGAGCCCCCCCAGUGGGGUGUCUGCAGAAGAGUCACUCACUUACACCUUAGACAUGGAAGAAGAAGGUUCUGGUUAUGGCUUCCAGCCACAGUACAAUGGAGAUGAACUCUCAUGCACUUUAAGAAACCUUAGGAGGAGUACAUCCUACAAGUUCAGGCUCUUUGCCUACAACAGUGAAGGAAAAAGCAGUCCUAGUGAGGUGGUUGAACACAGCACCAAUCCUGACAAACCUGGACCCCCAAGUAAACCAGUUGUAAAGGGCAAGAUCCAUUCUCACAGUGUGAAAGUGUCCUGGGAACCACCCAGAGAUAAUGGAGGGUCAGACAUUUCUAAAUACUUUUUGGAAAUCUCUGAGACAUCAGUUGGCAGUAAAUGGGACACAGUGUACAGUGGUUCCCAGAGGGAACACGUGUGUGAUCACCUCAAGCCUGGCACUUCAUACAGACUGAGAGUUCACUGUGUCAGCAGAGGUGGGGAAAGCCAGGCUUCUGAUGUUACGACUGUUACCACAUCAGCUGUUCCUCCAGGACCCUGUCAUGCUCCCUGCCUGGCAGGCAAAGCUAAGCCCAAGGAAAUCACUUUACAGUGGGGCCCACCAUCCAUUGAUGGAGGUUCAGACAUUACAGAAUAUAUUAUAGAGAUGGCAAACUCUGAAGAAGAGGAACACAGACAAGUGUAUCAGGGCCCAGCCCCUGAGUGUGUAGUGAACAAUCUCCUGCCAGGGAGAACAUAUUGCUUCUGGAUACGAGCAGCAAAUAAAGUUGGGUUUGGCCCUCACUCUGACAAAGCAGAGAUCUCCACUGCUCCAGGACCCCCUGAUCAGUGUUGCAAACCCUUGCUCACCUGCAAAAGUGCAACUUGUGUUGUAGUUUCAUGGGAGAGCCCUGCCUGCAAUGGAGCAGAGAUCAGUGAGUUCAGACUGGACUGGGGACAGGUGGAAGGCUCCAUGCACAUCAUCUACACUGGCUCUUGCCAGAGCUAUGAAGUGAAAGGUCUCACACCUGCAACCACAUAUUACUGCAGAGUCCAGGCUGUCAAUGUGGCUGGAGUUGGGUUGUUUGGUGAGACCAGUGUGGUGACAACCCCUGCCUCAGUGCCUGCAGCUGUGUCAGUGCUGCACCUACUUGAAGAAGAUCAAAUGGAGAUUUCUCUGCCUUUAUCAACGUGCCUUGCAAUUCACUGGGAAGAGCCAUGUUGUCAUGGGUCAGAGAUCACUGGUUAUAACAUAGAAUAUGGGGAAAAGCAGCUUGUAAGUGUUGGCAGAAGCACAAGCCAUGUCCUUGAGAAUCUGCUGCCUGACACUCUGUACAGAAUUAGAAUACAGGCUGUAAACAGCUUGGGAGUUGGUCCUUUCAGUCAUUCCAUUAAAGCCAAAACGAAACCACUACCUCCUGACCCUCCUCAUCUUGAAUGUGUGGUCUUCAGCUACCAGAGCCUUAAACUCAAAUGGGGUGAAGGUCCUAGCAGAGCUUUAAUUACCAACCCUACACAGUUCAACUUGCAGAUGGAGGACAGGUUUGGCAGGUUUGUUACUGUUUAUAAUGGUCCUUGUCACACCUACAAGGUACAGCGACUCAGUGAAUCCACUACCUACUACUUUAAAAUCCAGGCAUACAAUGAUGCUGGGGAGGGAGAGUUCUCUGAAGUUUACGCUUUCACUACAACCAAGUCUCCACCUGCAUCUCUUAAAGCACCCAAAGCAAAUCAGCUGGAAGAAAACACUUUUGAAAUCACAUGGGAACCUUUACAGCCAAUGAAAGGAGAUUCCAUUGUUUACAUCCUUCAGCUUGCUGCUGGGAGAGAGUUUGAUCAGGUGUACAAAGGACCCGAGACUUCCUUCCGCCUGACGGGGCUGCAGUCAAACUGUGAAUACCGGGCUCGCGUCUGCGCCGGCCGCCAGUCCCAGGACUCUGCUGGCUCCCAGGAACUCUAUGGACCUUACAGUCCCAGCACGGUGUUCUCAUCUCAGAGGCAGGAGCUGGUUCCCCACCCUGCUGGGGUCACCACGGAGCUGGCAGAGAGCGGGAAGACGCUGCGUGAGGAGCGUUUCAUCGCCAUCGUCCUGCUCUGCGGGUUUGCCGUGGUGGCCAUUUUGUUUGCUGUCGUUAUCCAGUACUUUGUGAUCAAGUAGAGAGGGGGAGCCUGCUCAGUACUCAGCUUUUUCUGUACAGCAGGCUCUUUUGGGGGUAUUUAUGGUUAGUUCUAAUGAAAAAUCCUAGCUGGGGAUGUAGAGAUCCGUGCGUUUCCACUUCUGCUGCUGGCUGCCCGGUGAGGCUGGGUUGGCAGAUCCUUCCCAAGUACUGAACACAGAUUUCUUGUAGAAAAGGGGUAAUCCUGGGUCCUCUGUAAUCAGGGUCAGCUGUUCAUAAAACAGCCAAAACUGCCUUACCGUGCCCCCCGGGGGGUGUGCACGCUCCCCCCCCUUCUCUCCCAGUUGGCAGCAAGGGCCCCUUGGCCAGCUGGGCAGGGAGGGUGUUGGUAGAACAAGUCCUCUCCCAGUCCAACCAGUCCAGGGGUAGUCAGGCUGUGGUGGUGAAUCAGGUGUUGUAGUUUGGUAACCACGAGAUGCAGCAGCACAAAAGCUUCAGCUUAGAGCAGUCAGUCCUGCAUUGCAUAGCACAUCUAAUAGCCCGUAGGAGGAAAGCAGAGUAUUUGACUUAGCAAUAUUACUACUUUUAUUUUAUUUUUUGUCCUUUUUCUUUCUUUUUUUUUUUUUUUUUGCAGUUAUUUUUAAUACUCCAGUAAUAACCAUUUCAAGUGUCUGAAGGCAGAGGGUGCCAGCGUUUCUUUUAGGAUUUUAAUCCCAGUGCUAGAGGAGGCAGUGGGCAGGAUGCCCUGCAGGUGCAGCCAGGGGGACAGGUCCCUUUGUCACCUCCCUUUCUGACUCCAGUGCUGUCUGCUGGUGGCCAGCAGCUCUUGGCCCAAAUCCACAUUUCACUCUCAGUGCCUGAGAGAAAAGUAAUUUCCUGUGCUUCUGGUAAAAUCUUUGCAGCCUUUCCAGAACAGCACAGGUGUUGUCUUUAAGGAGAAAAGAGUGCAUUUAUGAUAAAUGUUACACUAUUUGGCUCAAACUGAGCAAAUGUUGUUUUGUUUUUUUUUGUACUAUUAUUAACCUAAAAAAAAAAAAAAAAAUUAAUAAAAAAGUUCAACCUGCUUUUGGAUGCCCUUCUAACUUAAUCUGAACUCUCCAAUUGUACAUGAAAGAACUCUUUUUAGAUGACAUUUAUACAGUGUUUUAAACAACUUGCUACCCCAGGGGUAGCAGCUUCACAUUCCAUUGUUUUCUAGAUGGGAAUGUUCAGCCUGCUAUGGACUUUUCUGAAACUUGUCCUGUUUGUCUGGGGGUGGGGGGUUUUCUUGUGGCUUUGGUUUUAUUUUUAAUUUCUUUUUUUUUUGUGGACACUGUGCACUACAAAUGACUGUUCUUGUUAAAUCUGCUUUGCAAACCCCCCUAACCAUGAGUUUUUACAGCUCUCUUCUUUAUAGCAAACAUGUUGAAAGCUGGAACUUGCCCAUUUCCAACCUGGCUCAGAGUGGGUCUUCCCAAUAACCUUUGGAACACGCCCUGGAAAGGCAGAUUUUAGAGGUAUUUUUGCAAAGACUACGGCUACACUUUAUGUAAAACAUCAGAGCAAUGCACUUGUAUGUGGAAUGUUGGAUGUGAUAGUGCUACAGGCAAAGUAUUUCUAGUAAUUAAUCACUUUAAGGGUCUUUUCUUCUAUGGCAGUUGAUGAAUAAUGUUGCGUUUAGAGUUGGAGGCAUUGUGUUGUAUUUCAGAUGUGGAAAACCUAAGUUAUGACAUAGUAUGGCUUAAUACUCUUUUUAAAAAAAAAUAGAUUUAUGGUGCAAUCUGAAAUUAAUCUUUUUCAAAAUGUACUCUUCGUUUUGUACUCUAUUUAUUUUGAUUAAAAGUCCUGGAAACAAAACAAAACAAAACAAACCACAAAUGUAUGUUUGAAUGUAUUGUUCUACUUGUAGCAGAACUUUAAGUUAAUCAUUUAUUAUAUCAUAGAAAUCUCUCCCUCCAGUGUUGGAAAGAGUUUUAUACAGAUAUUAGUCUUUAGUUUGCAGGAGAGUUUACAAUCUGUUGUUGCUUCUCUUCAUAGUCUCCUUUUAGCAGAUAAGACUUCAGCACACCUCUGUUGCCAAAGGGUUAUUCCUUUAACUCUCAGAACCAAGUUGGUAGAGGUUUAUUUGGCAAUAAAGUUUCUGGUCAUUUUAAAAGCUGAAUUAGGAUUGCAGAGUAAAUACUAACAAGUCCUGACUCCUAAAAAAAAUAAUUAAAAAAAAAAGUGAAAGAAAAUGUCUUUUGUCAUUGCCACAGAAUUUAUUCAUGCUUCCAGAAACUGCCCUCAGCAGCCUCCCCUGAUAUGGAUUUUAUCUCAGCUCUUACCCAUUCCAGAGCAAUAUAUCCUCGUGGCAUUAAUGUAUUUUAGGUAUCUUCAGUUUUUCUUGUAUUGUAAUUUUGAGGUAUCUCAAACUUAUGUUAAAGCUGCCAAGCGUUGUAUUACUAAAUUGUAACUAUCAAAUAGAUAAUAUAUUUAAUACAGCCAAUAAAUAAUACAGAUGUAUUCAGAUUUGA